UGUAGGUUAUCGUUAUCGAUAAAGAGCUCUGUACGUAUAUGUACGUAUCUCUACGCGUGUGCUUAUAUGUACCUAAGGUAGCCCUGUAAACGCGUUAUGGAAAUUGCAUCCCCCCCACUAUCACCCGUCGUGUAGUUACCUACCUUGCCCUGUACAUGUAAUAAGAUACUCCAUAUUUUACAGUUAUUCACAACCAAAACUACAUUGACCAAGAUCUAAUCUUGAUUGAUUCCCCGCCAAAAUUCAUCAUCCAACUUUCAUGAAGCGGGAGGGAACUCCCUAAACGAUAUGCCUCCGACCCAGACUCAGACCCAGAAACGACGAAGAACAGGCAAUCACAACGAAGUUGAUGAGCAUCGACGCCGUCGUCAAUCACGCCGCAACAAUGAAUCAGACAAUUCUGAAGCAUCUGAAGAUGACCAAGACGGUGACGUAGAUAUGGAGAAGGCAGGUAACGGCACAGAAGACCAACUAGUCAAGAAGCUCGUGCGGUACGCGUUAGCGUGUGAAUAUGCAAGAAUACCUAUCAGGAGAGACGGCAUUCGAGACAAAGUUCUGGGGAGCAAUGCAAGGUCCUUCAAGCGAGUGUUCGAAGAAUCCCAAGCCGAACUUCAGAGGAUCUUCGGCAUGGAAAUGUUGGAAUUGCCCGUCAAGGAAAAGCGAACACUGAGGGAGAAGCAGAAGGCAAAUGCGAGAAAGGCAACCUCACAAACGACCGCUUCCUCCCGACAGUAUAUACUUGUUUCGACUCUACCGCGAGAAUACAAAUCCCAAUCCAUCGUUUCCCCGUCGCGAAUACCAGGUACCUCGGAAGAGGCCGCAUACGUUGGGUUCUAUACCAUGGUCGUUUCGCUCAUCGUACUCAACGGCGGAGAGCUAAGCGACACAAAGCUAAGGCGAUAUCUCACCCGACUAAAUGCCAGCCAGAACCUACCAAUGGACAAGACCGACAACGUCUUACACAAGAUAGUAAGGCAGGGUUAUGUGGACAAGGUGAUAGAGAAGAGCGAUGGGGAUGAGGACGCCACCACCUGGUGUGUCGGGCCACGGGGAAAGGUUGAAGUUCCACCUGAGAGCAUUGCUGCUGUUGUAACUGAAGUCUGGGGCGAACUGCCGGAUGAUUUCAGCACGAAGCUGCAAAGGAGCUUGAAUAUACAGGAUCCUCCGUUUCAGGUCGAGGAUAGCAUUCCCGAGGAAUGAAAGGUUGAAUUCGCGGGAAAUCGAGUCCCAAUAGACUAGAUGGCCUCGACCGUGAUGAUUAUAAAACCUAUGCCAGUAUAAUUCGUUCGAGGUGUGACCCCAUUAGGCCUUCAAAUCUGACGUGCUAUGCCUAUUAAAUUUCAUAUUCAUAUUCCACUGCCUCUUCCGUCUAAACUUCAAAGAGUGCCUUCUGUCCUGCCCAACCCGAACCCCUUGACGUGCGUCUGCAUUUAUCAUUGGGCGGAUCUCUGCACAGGUUCCUCGCCUUCACGCGGGGGAGGUGGGCCGCAGGGUUGUAUCAUUUUUCGCAAAAGUUGAGCUCGGACUUUGGCGGCUGGUUCAUUCUGAGCGAGCGAGAUAUAAGCCAAUUGGGGCGGGUGGCCGACGAUGCUAGAGAAUGUGUCGCGCGAGACGUUUGUUCUCCAUUCCCAUGAUGUCGUGUCUGGGUGGCCCGUACCGACAUACUUGGCCUGGAGUCGUUCGAGUUCUUGCUGCGUACGUAAUUUGUCCGCCAUAAUAAAAUGUGCUCUUUCGGGGGAUUCGUGCCGUACGACUUGAUAGAGUUGUGCUUGAAUGUCGAUUUUUAUACGACUAGAAAAACGC